GUUUGCACCUCGCAGCCCCGAGCUCGAGCAUCCUCCACCCCACCCUCCCCACCAAACAAAGGCCCCACAAUGCCCACCCCCGCCAUCCAAGCCGUCAAAUCCUUCCGCCUCAAAUCCCUCAGCGCCGCACGCCUCCUCAGACCCGCGGCACAGCACGCGCUCUCCCAGCCCGGCGCCGCCCCGCGCGCGGUGCCGAACCCGUUCAUCCCGCGCCUGAACCCCAACACGGGCAGAUGGGCGCCGCCCAAGGUCUCGCUGCGCCAGCAGGCGGACCUCGUCAAGCGCGCGCGCGCGAGCGGGACGGUGGGGCUGCUUCCGCCUGGGCCGAAGCUGUCGGUUGCGGAGUGGACGCGGGCGCAGGCUGCCGCUCAAGCAUCUAUUGCGCCGACAGGGGAGACGGUAGAGGAAGUGAAGAAGAAGAAGGAGAAAGGCCCGAACUGGACGGUGCCCGUGGCGUGGACGGGCGACGUCAAGGAGCGCGCGGUCGCGGGCGCGGAUAUCGGGUAUAGGCUGUAUGCGGGCCGCAAGCGCAUGUUCAAGGGGCACAAGUGGGAGCGCGUCGCGGACGCGCGGAAGAAGAAGCGCGCGGAGGCGAUGGCCAAGAUGGCAAGGCGCGUCGAGGCGUACAAGAAGUUCUACCAGAACAGACGGCCACGCCCGCUCGAGCCGCCUCGGGCGUCGGCGAAGGCGGCCAAGUUGCCGUUCUAGACGAUACGUAUCGUUGCAGCCGUCAUACGUUCUCGUCACAUAUGAACAUGUCUUCAUUUGUGGUAUUGCUAUCCCAUAACAUAGAGCUAAUAACGACCCAAUGCUCAGUCCAAUGCACCAUCACCAUUCCCCC